UUUCGGGGCGUCCCCUCCUCCCCCCGGCCCGGCCUGGUCCCAGAGCCCUCCGAGCCCGGAAGUGGAUGUGGCUGCUCGGUGGCGAGGCCGGGGGGUGGGGAAGAGGAAGUGCUUCCGGGGAAACGCGCCCCGGGUUGGUGUUUGUAAACUUGCCUGGGUCCCGGCGGGGGCGGCGGCGGCGGCCGCCGCGGGGCUUGGCAGGGUGUGCAGGGGUCUGGCGGAGCUGCCGCGCGCCGUGGGGAGGCCGCGCCCGGCAGGUUUCCAAGAAGCAGUUGGAGAACUUGAUCGAGAGAAUUCAACUGGAAAACCGGGACUGGCAGACCCUCUUCUCCUCCAGACAAAAGGCAGGACCCAGAGAGAGGCCCCAAGGGUUCUGGGGACACCCAUCUACCCUCUUGGAGGACGUGUGCUUCUGUGUGAAGACAAAGGCAGUUCAGUAUGGCAGCAGGACCGAAGGGCCAACAGGGAGCUGUCACAGUGCUUGGGUGAAGUGUCUUCGGGAAAGCUGGAUCGGGGAGCGCCUGAACUUGGGGUUGCAUUGAAAAUCCAGCAUGGCUCAGCUGAGAACUUAGGAAAGACCCGCCAAGUGAGACCCCGCCACGCACGCCGUGCCUGGCCCUGUGCUGACGACAGACAUGCCCAGAGUGCGUGAUCAUUGCCGCGCUGCGUGUUCAGAUGCUGAGGGAUGACAGAAUGAGCAGGCGGUUCCGGGUGAGACAGGCAAGUCUCCUGGCUUGUGAAGGCCUAGCAGGUGUGAGUUUGGUCCCUACCGCAGCCAGCAAGAAGAUGAUGCUGAGCCAGAUUGCCAGCAAGCAGGCCGGGACUGGCGAGCGGGCAGGUAGCCCCGAUGUGCUGAGGUGCUCGAGUCAGGGCCAUCGGAAAGACAGCGAGAAGUCCCGGAACCGCAAAGAUGAUGACAGCCUGGCCGAGGCCUCUCAUUCGAAAAAGACUGUUAAAAAGGUGGUGGUAGUGGAACAAAAUGGUUCAUUUCAAGUCAAGAUUCCCAAAAAUUUUACUUGUGAACACUGCUUCGGAGCCUUUAGGAGCAGUUACCACCUCAAGAGGCACAUCCUGAUUCACACUGGUGAAAAGCCGUUCGAGUGUGACGUAUGCAACAUGCGCUUCAUCCAGAAGUACCAUCUGGAGCGUCACAAGCGCGUGCACAGUGGCGAGAAGCCUUACCAGUGUGAACGGUGUCAUCAGUGUUUUUCUCGGACAGAUCGAUUACUCAGACACAAACGGAUGUGCCAAGGGUGCCAGUCCAAGACCUCCGACGGGCAGUUUUCUCUCUAGGUGCAAGGGGCCCUGGGUGGUGGGAGUGACCAGAAGCAUCUACUGACGAGUGUAUCCCCCUCUGGUCUGAUGGUCCCACCACCACCCGAUCUGAACCAGUCCCCCUCCUGAAGGAGCGGACCCAGGAGACCAGAGGCGUGGAUCAGGGACAGUGGCCCCAGAGCCUGGGCUCUGUAAAUAGUCUGAGACUAUGAGUAUCUCGGGGAAGUUCCCUGCAGCAUUCCUGGGUGGCGGAGCUAGUCCCUGCCCCCCUGGCGGAGGCCGGAGAUGGGGACUCAAGGUACAGGACCAAGAAGGAAGUGUGGCUCUCACCACCUCGGACUCCAGCUGGCAGCUGAACCAGAAAAGGCUCGGGAGUGGG